CGGUUGGAUCGCCGCUGGGGUCCUCAUCAGAUCGACCUCUUUGCCACUCGCCAGAACGCCAAGACGCCACAAUUUGUGACAUGGCGCUGGGAUCCGACUGCACUAGCCACCGACGCCAUGGCCCUCGAUUGUUCUCUGCAAACUUCAACAGGAGCCGGUCAAUGCGACACUGAUCACACUGUGGUGGCCGACAGCAAUUUGGUUCCCGACCCUCAAGCAAGUAACACGACCACGUCCCUGGCGCAUACCUGCGAAGCAGUUCUCCUGGCUCCGGGGCAAGAAGCAAGCGGUGCUAUCCAAGAACCCCCAUUGGUCUCCCACAGCCUGGCAAAUAAGAUGCGCCGAUUGGAAGAAGCUGGAGCCACCGAGGCCGUCGGAGCAGUGAUUUUACACUCUGACCACCAUCAUGCCAGUCAGCAAUACCAGUAUAUUCAGCAACACUUUUUAUCUUGGUGUCAAUCUCGUCGCCUCGAGGCCCUGGAGCUAACGGGAAAACAUUUGGUCAACUUCCUAGGAUAUAGCAAAGACAAACUACACUGGUCAAUAAAUAUGAUUAAGGUCUAUCGUUCGGCCCUCCUGGAUUUAUUCGACGAUCGAGACAAGAUUCUCUCUUUAUGGCUUUAUACCUCUUUCAUGAAGGCAUUAGACGGUACUACCUUGCGACGGGUUCCUCCUGCAAACUUAGAUAUUACACCAGUUCUACAUCACUUUCGCCACCUUGGCCCCAAUGUUCAUCUUUCACCAGCUCAAUUAACUGCCAAGAAUUGUUGGCUGUUGGCCAUUUGUGGUUUCAUGCACCCUUCGGACAUCGAACGCACGGAUUUGGACCGUUGUCUCAUCGACGAAGCUUCCGGUAAACUCACGCUCACCAUUGUGUGUCCCAAAGAACGUCGCCAAGGCCAACGCAUCACCAAAACCAUCAGCAUCGAUUCGCACGAGGAGCCUCUUUUCUGCCCAGUGACCGCUUUUGCAGUAUACAAGACACGCUUUGCGUCACAGUCAUGUCAUGCUCCCCAUCCUGUCUUAUCCGAACACAACAUCACUUCUUUAUUCGUGAUCUGCACAAUACUUCUCAACACAUCGGUUCACAACGAAUUGGCAAGCACAUCAAUUUCAUUAUGGCUCUUAUCCCAGUCCCCCCCUGGUGGACGGCGUAUACGGGCUCGGGCCCUUGGCUCUACACGAGCAGCAUGGGCGGGCGCUGUGGUAGACGAUAUAGUCGCCCAUGGUUCUUGGUCGUCACGUCAGAUGUUCGAUUUGUUUUACCGGAUUUCACGCGAGACGCGUUCCAAUCUCUCAUCCUUG